AUGGUUGAACAAGAACAAGAGAGCGUCCGAGUUAGAGCUGAACUAGACGAAAUCAAAGGAGGCAUGUCCCAGAUGCGAGAGAUGCUGCAAGCUUUAACCUUCAGGUUUGAGAUUCCGCAAGCGACCGUGAUUUCAGAGAUCACGGGCCCAGCAGUGGAAGUCCCACCUCAGAGGACAUUACCCUCAACCCUUCCUCCAUAUGGGCUACCCUAUGACUUUGUCCCCCGAGCAGAGGUGGUGCACGAAAUGGGGCAAUCUGUCCAACAAGCUGUGCCAUUACCAGUUUACACCGACGCACGUCCAGUCAUCCAUACUGUGGUUCCACCAACCGCCUAUGCUAGGCAUGUUCCUCAUUAUGAAGAUCAAAACCACAUGUAUCAGACUGUUGACUCAACUGUUGCUGGUGACGAAGUAAGGUUUGAGGACUUCAGGGAGGUAAAGGAGAACAUGCAGCUCCUUGAGAAGAAGUUCCGAGAUCUAGAAGGAGACCACGUAUUUGGAUCUGCUGCCAAAGAAAUGUGUCUUGUAUCCGGAUUGGUGAUUCUAGCAAAAUUCAAAACUCCGGACUUUGACAAAUACAAGGGGCACACUUGUCCAAAAAGCCAUCUCAUCAUGUAUUACCGCAAAAUGGCUGCAAAUGUGGAGGGUGACAAGCUGAUGAUCCACUGUUUUCAGGACAGCUUGAGUGGGGCUCCUUCCAAGUGGUAUUUGAGUUUGGAUCAGAACAGGAUCAGGUGUUUCCAAGACCUGUCGGAUGCGUUCAUAAAACACUACAAAUACAAUAUGGACAUGGCACCUGACAGAAGACAGUUGCAGAGCAUGUUUCAGCAUGACAAGGAGUCCUUCAAAGAGUACAGUCAGAGAUGGAGGGAAUUGGCUUCUCAGGUUGAACCACCUCUUGCUGAGAAAGAAUUGGCCGAACUGUUUAUCGACACUGUCCAACCCCAGUUCUACGAGAAGAUGGUUGUAAGUGCUUCUUUGGGAUUCUCCGAGCUUGUUGCUAUAGGAGCUCGUGUUGAAUAUGGUGUAAGGAACGGAAAACUGGCGGCUGUAGCUGGAACUUCAAAUGCUAAUCCAAAGAAGUUCUCUAGAGGGUUUCCUAGAAAGAAGGAAGGGAAAAAAAAAUGCUGUGACUGUUGGUCAAGGAAGAGCUCCUCCAAGAAGGAGACCACAACAAUAUCCACCUCAGCAUACGCUCCUCAACCGUACAUAGCUGCUGUGACGCCUGCGUUCAAUCAACAGCCUUCUCAGGCUUAUCAAGCGCCUCCAGCUUAUCGACCAGCUCCAGUUCAACAACGUGGUGUGGCUCCGCCAACUUAUCAACAAGCACCGGCAGCUCCUGUUUAUCAACAACCGAGAGUGCAAGCGCCGAGGCAGAACGCUCAUAACCAAAAUAGGAGACAAGGGGAGAGGGCGACCUUCAAUCCAAUCCCAAUGUCCUACACUGAGUUGUAUCCUUCCCUAUUGCAGAAGGGUUUGGUGGUUCCCAGACCUAUGGGACCUCCACCUGAUCGUCUUCCUCCAUGGUACAACCCUAAUGCACACUGUCCUUUUCAUGAAGGUGCCCCCGGGCAUGACUUAGAGGGUUGUUAUGCUCUGAAGCAUAGGGUUCGGGAACUGAUUGAGAGCAAGAUUUUAUCUUUUAAGGACAUGGGACCAAAUGUGAAGAACAAUCCUCUUCCUCCCCAUGGAGAUCCUGAGGUGAACGCCAUUGAAGAUGCAUCUACUGUUGUUACGGUUGAGAAGGUGGAGGAUGUUAAGACUCCUUUGGCAGCAUUCCAUGCCCGAUUGGUGGAAGCUGGCCUGAUCAAUGUUAAUCAUGAAAAUUGUGAAGAGUGUGCCACAUACCCAAAGGGAUGUCAGGUGGUACGAGACAACAUUCAAGAUUUAAUGAAUAAAGGAGUGCUUCAAAUAUCCAGUGUUAUGAAGAACGAAGACGUGUUGGUAAUUGAACCUUGUUUCAAUUUACCCGAACCAGUGGAAAUCCCUUACUUUAGCAGAAAGAUGGCUCCUGAGAAUAGUCAUCCGUCGCCUGUGGAAAUAUGUAUGCCCACGCCUUUUCCCUACGAGAGCACCAAGGCUGUGCCUUGGAAAUAUGAGAUUACUGUUGUGGAUAAGGUAUUUGAAGGAAGUUCAGACGCUGAGGUGACAGAAACUGUAAGUGAAGACGUCACCAAUAUUGCAGGGAUGAGCAGAAUGACCCGUAGUGGUCGAGUCUAUGCGCCCGAAUUCAAUGUGACUCCUCAAGGGCCAAACAAGGAAUCGACAAUUGUAACUCCUGCUAAAGAACCUGAAGUGGUCCAAUCUGAAGAUGCUGUGGAAUUCUUGAAGUUAAUCAAGAGAAGUGAUUACAAAGUGGUGGAUCAGCUGCAUCAAACACAAUCUAAGAUAUCUAUUAUGUCUCUACUAUUGAAUUCCCAAGCUCAUAGGGAAGUUUUGUUGAAGGUGCUUGCUCAAGCUCAUGUAACACAAAGCAUAACAGUUGACCAAUUUGAUGGAGUAGUUGCAAAUAUCACAGCUUGCAAUACUUUGAGCUUCAGUGGAGAAGAAUUACCUGAGGAUGGACAAAAUCAAAACCGUGCUCUCCAUAUCUCGACAUUUCAAGUUCCGUCUUUUUUGAGAAGAAAAGCCAACCCUAAAAAUGUUGUUUCCAUCAUACUGGGAGGAGGUUCUGGUGUUCAACUUUUUCCUCUUACCAAACGAGCUGCUACACCAGCUGUGAGUUAA